AUGAAUCACAAGCUGUUCAUCACCGUCGCCUCUGGCGCGUCCGCUACCAUGACACUCUUCAGCUUAAUAUGUGCCGGAAUAAUUUUAUAUGAUAUCAAUAAUUUCUAUGAUCAUAUCAUGGAUGACAUGCAGAACUUCAUGACGAUUGCCAAUGAGGCAUGGAACGAAAUGCAGGACCCAGCUACUCAAGCCGAACGCCAUUCCCCCAAACCUACGAUCGAAACAUUCUUUGGACGCAUAAAGAGAAAAGCUGGAGAUUGUGCAUGCGGCCCACAGCCCACAACUUGUCCAGUUGGCCCUCCCGGACCACCAGGUCUUCCUGGGCUAGAUGGUCUAGCAGGACCCCGAGGAAAAGACGGAAUACCAGGGCUACCAGGGCUUCCAUUACUUCUCAGAGAAGAACUCCAAGGAUGUAUUUCAUGCCCACGUGGUCCUCCAGGACCUGCUGGAGUAAUGGGACCACCAGGGCCACAAGGUCCAGAUGGACAUCCUGGGCUUCCGGGCGCACCUGGNAGACUUGGUCCACCUGGCCCUAUGGGACCCAAGGGAGACCCGGGCACACCAGGAAUGGCUGGACAAAUGGGCCAUCCAGGCCAACCAGGAAAGGACGCUCAAUAUGGACGUAGUCUGCCUGGACCACAGGGACCACCUGGACCACAAGGUCCCCCUGGAUUCCCUGGAAUGAACGGUGCACCAGGAGCACCUGGUGCGUUUGGUCCUAUGGGAGCUGCUGGUCCGCCUGGACAGCCUGGUCGACAAGGGUUACCUGGAGACCCUGGAGCACCUGGUUUAGAAGGACUUCCUGGCCAGGACGGUGAAUACUGCUCGUGUCCACCGCGCAGUUUGCGGAUUCCACAGACCUACGUCGAAGCUGUGGCAAAGAUCAAGGAGAAACUUCAUCACUGA